UCAAUUGAACAUAUUCCAUUAAAACCAGUGAAUACAACACUCUCGGCAAUUGCACGUGUUUAUAUUAUUUUUUUAAUUUCCACUCAAUAUAAAAAUGUCUUUUGGACGUCCACGUGGUGGUGGUGGUGGUGGUAGAGGUUUUCGUGGUAGAGGAGGUGCUGGAGGCGGCGGUGGAGGACGCGGUGGUGGAUUCAACAGAUCUGGAGGUGGAGUAUUCGGUAGAGGGGGAUCUCGCGGUGGCCGAGGUGCCUUUGAUCAGGGACCACCCGAACGUGUUGUUGCAUUGGGAAAUUUCAAUUAUACAUGCCAGAAUGAUCUAGUUUGUAAAGUAAAUAUAGACGAUGUACCAUAUUUCAAUGCUCCAAUAUUCCUUGAAAAUAAGGAGCAGAUCGGAAAAAUUGAUGAAAUUUUUGGGACCGUUCGUGACUACUCUGUCUCCAUUAAAUUAUCUGAUAAUAUAUACGCAAAUAGUUUUAAGCCAAAUCAAACAUUGUUCAUUGACCCUGGUAAGCUGCUGCCAAUUUCGAGAUUUUUGCCAAAGCCGCCACAGGCAAAGGGUCAAAAAAAAAAAGGUGGUCCCAGUGGAGGAGUAGGCGGUGGACGCGGUGGUAUGUAUAAACCAGAUAUACGUUUCUCUAUAACAAUCCAAUAUUAUUAUAAUAAAGGUAAUCGUGGAGGACGUGUCGGUGGAGGAUUUAGAGGUGGCUCAAAUCGUGGAGGAGGAGGAUUUAGUAGAGGACGUGGUGGUGGAGGAGGAGGACGCGGUGGGGGAGGACGUGGGCGUUGGUAAUACGAAAUAAAAUGUAUAACAAAAUUUAAUAAAAAACGGUAAAAGUUUAAUGACUUGA